GUAACGCAUCCGCCCUUCGGCUUUGCUCCCUCGCCUCCGCUUUCCGCCAUUGAUUGGCCAGCGCGGCGGUGACGCAGCAGUGGGGGCUUGGCUGGAGAGGAGGCAGGAGCGUGUAGAGUGAGACGCCGAAAGCGUCUGGUGUGAGGAAGAGGCGCUGCCAUGACGUUCAAGCGGAGCCGAGUCCGAGACCGUUUCUACAGCACCCGCUGCUGCGGCUGCUGCCAUGUCCGCACCGGAACCAUCAUCCUGGGGACGUGGUACAUGGUGGUGAACUUGUUGAUGGGCAUCUUGCUGACGGUAGAAGUGACCCACCCUAACACAGUGCCAACAGUUGACAUACAGUAUGAAGUAAUUGGUAAUUACUAUGGUUCUGAGAAGAUGGCUGAAAAUGCCUGUGUUCUCUUUGCCAUUUCACUCAUCCUGUUCACAAUAAGUGCAAUGAUGGUGUAUGGAGCAAUUGCUCACCGAGUGGGCUGGCUCAUUCCGUUCUUCUGUUACCAGCUCUUUAACUUUGUCCUCAGUUGCCUGGUUGCCAUCAGUUCUCUUACUUACAUGCCAAGAAUCAAAGAGUAUCUGGAUCAGUUACCGGAUUUCCCUUACAAAGAUGAUCUCCUUGCACUUGACUCAAGCUGCAUUUUGUUCAUUGUGCUGGUGUUUUUUGCCUUAUUUAUCAUCUUAAAGGCUUAUCUAAUUAACUGCGUAUGGAACUGCUAUAAAUACAUCAGCAACAGAAAUUUGCCUGAGAUAGCCGUGUACCCUGCAUUUGAAGCUCCUCCACAGUAUGUCCUGCCAACCUAUGAAAUGGCAGUGAAGAUGCCUGAGAAGGAACCCCCACCUCCUUACAUACCUGCCUGAAGCAACUGUGCUUCCAUUGGUUAACAUCUGUAUCAACUUCUUGGAUUUUUUUUCUUUUUAAUCUUGCAAAAUUGCUUAAAAUAUUCAGGGCUUUAGGAGCAAACCUUUCUGUUGAAAGAUAUUUGAUAUAACUACUAAGCAAAACACAUCUCGGAGUGACUUUUCUUUCCUUUUUUUCCUUCUCCUUCCUUUUCUAAUGAUCUUAUACAUGUUUACUGCCUUAGGGUCUUCUGCAAACAUGAGCUAUUUCACUCAUGUAAUUCAGUGGAACAACUCAUGAGUAAAAUAUGCCAUAGGCAUACGUGUCUGCUGGUUGGGCCCUUAAAUUGUAGAGAAAUUUUUGUAAAGUAGUUCAUAAAGACAAUCUGAUCUACCAGCAGAAUGAGUUUGCCUUUCUUUAACUUUUUUUGAGGAACAAGGCUGGGAGGGAGGGUUGAACGUGGUGUGUAUAUAUAUAUUUUUUUUUACUUUGCACUUUUCUCCUACAUUCUUACCUUACUGUUUUUGUUAUCUAUUGCCUUGAAACAAUUUCAGGAAGAGUGAAGUUGACACUAAUGUUUGAAGUUUUAUAACAUGCUGUGAAUGCAAGAAAAAAAUGCACACGGUAUUACUUAAAUGUGGGAGGAGAUGGUUGCAUGCUUCUAAUGUGUAUAUUUUCUCUGUGAUAAAUGAUACUUUAAUAAAUCUUUUAAGAAAUGUUUA